CCAAUCACAGGCUUCAGAGGCUGUACACGCCUUAGGUUUGUUUGCUUUAUUUGCUGCCACUUUACUGCGCUGUUAGACGUCGAUUUCAUUCGCCGUUAGGUGAACGCAGUUUCACAGACUUUAGGAUCCAAAAACACUGCCGCCAUGUCUGAUAAGGUUAUUCUGCACUAUUUCAAUGGAAGAGGAAAAAUGGAGUCAGUCCGAUGGCUUCUGACAGUUGCAGAAGUGGAGUUUGAUGAGAAUUAUCUGACGACCAGGGAGCAGUACUUAAAACUCCUGAAUGACGGGUCCCUCUUGUUUCAACAGGUUCCACUGGUGGAGAUAGAUGGCAUGAAACUUGUGCAGACAAAAGCGAUCCUGCAUUACAUCGCAGAGAAGUACAAUCUCUUUGGAAAAGACAUCAAAGAACGGGUCAUGAUAAACAUGUAUUCCGAGGGAUUGAUUGACCUCAUGGAAAUGAUGAUGAUGCUCCCCUUCACCGCAGACCCCAAACCCAAACUUGAUAAUAUUCAGAGCAAAGCAAAAGAGCGCUACCUGCCAGUAUUUGAGAAGGCUCUGACUGGACCCGUGUACCUGGUGGGAGGUAAACUAAGCCUUGCAGAUGUGCUUCUGGUUGAAUGCACUUUGAUGCUGGAGGAGAAAUUUCCUGCAAUCCUCAAGGAUUACCCCAACCUCAAGUCUUUCCAGGGCAGGAUGACCCAGAUUCCCGCCAUCAGCAGGUUUCUGCAGCCGGGCAGCAAGAGGAAGCCGCAGCCAGACGAGGGUUACGUCAAGACUGUCAUGGAAGUGUUCAACAUCACCGCACCCCUCUCAUUAUAAUCUCUUCCAACAUAAUCCGGUUAAUUAAUAAUAAUUAAAAAAACUAAUGACUAAUUCAGACAUAAUGUCAGCGUCUGUGAUUGAGUUAUGUUGAGAUUAACACAAAAAAAAAAAAAAUUGACGCACCGAUCCAGUUUUCCCAAUCCGAUACCUGGGCUGAUCUGAUACUAAAUAAAUGAACUGCAUACCUUGACAUGUGAGUAAACGCAUCAAGCUUGACAUAAAUUUAAAAAAAUGGUCUGCAUGCUCUUUAGCAUGGUGCUUUUGGAGAUUUAAGUUUGUGGUGUUGAAUUUACCAACUUUAUCCCCACCCAUUGGAAUUUUCACAUUGCAGAUGCUGCAUGUUACAGUCGGACUUGUUGGAGGGGGGGGAGGCAAGUCUGUAGCAGACUUGGCGCUAGCUGCUGUGCGUGCUCUGCUUUUAUGACGCAACCAGCGUUUCAAAUAGAAUUCAAGUGGUUAUAUCACUGUAACUGUAUUGUUGUGUGUGAUAUUGAUAAUAAAAACUGAUGUGACUGGACUCGAAUGCUGGAUCGCCGUCAAUUCUCCCGAUCUCCGAUCGAGCUAAUUACUCAAUAUCGAAGCCGAUAUCUGAUGUGGGUAUGGGAUCGGUGCAUCUCUUUGUAACAUUUGUUGAUUUGUGAAACCUUUUCUAAUACCAUGAAGGUGUAAACUAAACUAAUUAAAACUUGUUUGAGAUAACA